UUUAUGGUCGCCGAUCUGUGUUGCACGUCGAUGAUGGUGACUCGCAAAUCGUCGAGUAAUUUUGGUUGGUCCUAACCUGAAAAACUGUGAAGUCGAGAGAAAAACUGUUUCUGUUUCGUGUAUUUGUUGAAAAGAUAUCUAAUUAAAAUGCCGGAGAGUACUAAGACCGAAGCGAAGCCGGUCAAAGAGAUGAAAAAUGGGAAGGAAGACGAGAAAAAUGAGCUGUCGGAAGAAGACAAGCUUCUGCAAGAAGAGUUAACUCUGCUGGUGGAACGUUUACAAGAUGCCAAUACCAAAUUGCACUAUCCUGCGUUGGAAUCCUUGCGUUCGCAUAUUCGCGCCUCAACAACAUCGAUGACCAGCGUCCCAAAGCCCCUGAAGUUCAUGCGACCUCAUUACGACACCAUGAAGAAUACUUACGAGAAAAUAUCCAACGUGAAGUCCAAGGAAUUAUGUUCCGACAUUAUUUCAGUCUUAGCUAUGACUAUGGGCGAGGGUCGAGAAUGUUUGAAGUACAGACUGACUGGAUCGGCAUUGGCUAUCGGCGAAUGGGGCCACGAAUACGUCAGACAUUUAUCGGGCGAAUUGGCAAUGGAGUGGGACGAGGUGACGGCGGACGACGUGGAGGCGACAAGCAAGAAACUGAUCGCCCUGGUGCACGAGAUCGUGCCGUAUAACAUGGCGCAUAACGCGGAGACGGAGGCGUGUGACUUACUGAUGGAGAUCGAGAGGCUCGACCUGCUGGAGCAAUACGUCGACGAGAGCGCGUAUCAACGAGUCUGCCUCUACCUUACCAGCUGCGUGCCUUACGUCGCUGAUCCGGAGAACAGUACUCUUCUGCAUGUCGCCUGCAAGUUGUACCGUAAAUUCGGCCAAUAUCCGCAAGCGAUUAGACUGGCGAUGCAGCUCAACGAUUUACCACUCAUCGAGUCUAUCUUCACGAACUGUAGGGACCUUUCCGUGCAGAAGCAACUGGCUUUCAUGCUGGGCCGUCAACAGAUUUUCUUGGAAUUGCACGAAGCUACGAUAGAGGACGACGAUCUGUUCGAAAUAAUGUCCAAUUCUCAUUUAAAUAAUCACUUUCUGAAUCUGGCGCGUGAGUUAGACAUAAUGGAACCAAAAACGCCCGAGGACGUGUACAAGUCUCACUUGGAGAACUCUCGACCGCCAUUCGGUGGAGGCCAGGUCGACUCGGCGCGACAGAAUCUUGCAGCGAGUUUUGUGAACGGCUUCGUGAAUGCCGCGUUCGGCCAGGAUAAACUACUGAUCGAAGAUGGCAACAAAUGGCUGUAUAAAAACAAAGAACACGGUAUGUUAAGCGCGACUGCAUCACUUGGCUUAAUUCUGUUGUGGGACGUCGAUGGUGGCCUGACACCGAUAGACAAAUACCUGUAUUCCUCGGAGGACUACAUCAAAUCCGGUGCCUUAUUGGCGUGUGGUAUCGUCAAUUGCGGCGUGAGAAACGAGUGCGACCCUGCGCUGGCUCUGCUCUCCGACUACGUGCUGCACAACAGCAACACGAUGCGCAUUGGCGCGAUCGUUGGUCUCGGUAUCGCAUACGCCGGCUCCAACCGGGAAGCGGUUCUGGGCCUGCUGACGCCGGUCCUGAACGACCCGAAGUCAAGCUGGGAAGUGUUGGGCAUGACUGGUCUGGCGUUAGGGAUGGUCGCUGCUGGCUCAUGUAAUGCCUACGUUACCACAGCGAUUAUGCACACGCUGAUGGACAAGUCGGAGUCUGAUCUCAAGGACACGUACGCGCGCUUCUUGGCACUGGGUCUCGGCCUUUGUUUCUUAGGAAAACAAGAAGCGGCGGAGGCGAUUAUAGCUGCCUUGGAGAUCGUCCACGAGCCAUUCAGGUCUAUGUCGACGACACUAGUCGAAGUGUGCGCUUAUGCCGGCACAGGGAACGUCCUCAAGAUACAACACCUGCUGCACAUCUGCUCGGAACACUACGAGCCGAGCAAUGAGAAAGAGGAGAAGAACGAGCGCAAAGAUAAGGAUAAGAAGGAAGAGAAAAAGGAAGAGAAGGAGAAGGAUCUCAGCUCCAGGCAGGCUAUUGCUGUCCUCGGCAUCGCCCUGAUCGCAAUGGGAGAGGAGAUCGGCGCCGAGAUGGCGUACAGAACCUUUGGACAUCUGUUGCGCUACUGCGAGCCCGUGAUUCGGCGCUCAGUGCCGCUCGCUCUAGGUCUUAUCUCCGUGUCGAAUCCGAAACUGAACAUCUUGGACACGCUGUCCAAGUUCUCGCACGACAGUGACCCCGAAGUGGCGCAUAAUGCGAUAUUCGCCAUGGGUCUGGUAGGCGCUGGCACAAACAAUGCGCGUUUGGCCGCGAUGUUGAGACAAUUGGCCCAGUUCCACGCGAAGGAUCCCAACAAUCUUUUCAUGGUGCGCAUAGCGCAAGGCCUGACACAUCUGGGUAAAGGCACGCUCACCCUCUCGCCUUAUCACAGCGACAGGCAAUUGCUGAGUCCCGUUGCCCUCGCUGGUCUUUUGUCGACACUCAUCGGCUUUUUAGAUGUGAAAAACAUUAUCCUUGGACGUUCGCACUACCUCUUGUAUACACUGGCCGCUGCAAUGCAGCCCAGAAUGUUGGUGACAUUCGACGAGGACUUAAAUCCGCUGGCGGUACCGGUGAGAGUCGGACUUGCCGUUGAUGUGGUCGGCCAAGCUGGUAAACCGAAGACUAUUACGGGCUUUCAAACGCACACCACUCCCGUGCUGUUGGCAUACGGUGAGAGGGCGGAACUCGCCACGGAAGAAUACGUACCCUUAACGCCGAUCAUGGAGGGUUUCGUGAUACUAAGAAAAAAUCCGGACUUCAUACCGUAGUCGUAGUAAUUGCUCUCGUUCGCCAAUGUACCUCGUAUUAAGUUACUUCUAAGACGAAAUUUAAUAAAAAAACGUAUAUUAGUGUUCCCUUUGCAUAUGUGAAAGAAUGUUUCCCAAAUACACACGCAUACGAAUGUCCUAUCUUUCAUCCUUUCUGCAGGAUUGGAAAGUGUCUUAAGAUUACACACUAUAAAGGAAAUGAAGUGGCAAUGCGUUUUUUAUUUAAUAAUAAAAUAUUGGUUUUAAUAGCAAAAAAUACUGAUAUAAUGUAUAAAAUCUCAUUACACGUUUCUCAGCAAGAAUUUUGUACGCAAUACAUAUCAUAAAAAAAAAUAGAAACAACAAAACGUUACAUUGCAUUUUUGAAGUUAACAAUACAUCGGUAAAAGUUAGCCUUCUUUUGUAAGUACCAGUUAAGAUUACGUAUUUAUAUAUCAUAUGCGCAUUUGUCAUAAAUUACAUCCUGUUUUCUAUGUUUUUAUUGAUGACUAAGAAUCGUAGAAACAUAAUGUCCCUACUAUGAUCAUGUCAGUUUGUUAAAAUAUUCCGCAAAUAUAUGCAUAAACGAA